GAGUGAUUAAUUAUUAAACUUUCAGCUUCUGAAAUAGCCUACAUUUUUAGACAGCUCUGAUGGAGCUCGGGAUUUAUCAGGAGGACGGCUGCUUUACUCCAAACUAUUUCACUGUAUGAACCUGGACUGUGUGAGUGCGACCUUUUGGAUGCAUAGAAGAACACAGAACAUUAAUUAACAUCACACCCUGCCCGCGGAUGGGUUGCGGGUGGGUGACAUAAUACAUCAUUAAUUAGGAAAAUAUUAAUUACAUAUAAAAUAUGUGUGAACCUAUUUUAAGCUUCAUUUUUCGUCAGGCACGAAUUAGCAGACUAAAUUCAUUGCACCAACUGCGGGGUCCUCUUGUGUUCAGGGGGAGCAGAAUGGAGGCAAAAAAGAUCCGUGAGAAAAUUAAAAAAGGAGAAUUAAAAACAAAAAUAAAGCAAGGGCAGAAAAGUUCGGUGUGGGAGCGAUUUAGUUUAGUACUUAACCAUGACGAGUCAAGCGCUGGGUAUGUCAUAUGCAACAGCUGCGAAGCGCUGUAUGUAUACGAUAGCCACAUAACUGGUACCUCAAAUAUGGUACAUCAUGUGUGUGCUAAAGCCAGAAGCCAGCCAGGUCAGACAAACACCUGCUUCGUCCGUCGAGACAGCAAAAGAGUAACGCUACCACUGGACGUUAAAUCCAAGUUAGUGGAUGACUGCGUGGACAUGUGUUGCCUGGAUAUGCGCCCAUUCGACAUUUUCACCGGCAAAGGAUUCCUCCAGGUGGCCCAGACACUAAUUAACAUUGGCGCUAAACACGGUGCUGUUGACGCUGAAGCCAUAGUGCCCAAUCGGCAAACAGUGUGUGACAGGGCAAAGCAACAGGCUGCUGCAGAUAAGGAGCAACUAUCUGAAGUCAUCCACAAAGUGAUGGAGGAUGGUGGAAUUGCUGUUACCACAAAUAUGUGGACAGACGAAUUCAACAAGAGGGCAUACACAGUCCUUACAUGUCACUACAUCAGUGAGAAGUGGCACCCGGAGAGUCGCAUUCUGGCUACAGUGGAGUGUGACAGUCAUCUCAAAGAGACCAGCCAAAGUAUCCAUGACCAAAUAACCAAUGUAUUGAUGAAUUAUGGAAUAGGCCUAUUAGCAGACAAAAUAGUUUUCGUCAGUAAUCCGGACCCUUACAUAAAGGCUGCACUUGAGACCUACCAGUGGAUGCCGUGCUCCGCACACAUACUGAACACGGUGCUGAGAGACACGUUCAGUGAGAAUAAUGCACCAGAAGGCAUCAAAGAUGUGGUGGAAAUGUUGGAUAACUGCAAAAGCCUUGUCACAUUUCUGAAGAGAACAGGGGCUGUUGCGAGUUUAGCGCACACUGUGAUUCAAGAAUGUGAAUUUCGCUGGAACAGCAAAGUCCACAUGCUGGAAUCUAUACUGAAACAGUACAGUGACAUCAGAAAGCUCCUGGAAGACAGAUAUCAGCUGCAUCGGAUGGUGGGCAUCUUUCAGGACAAGCUGAUGCACUUGAUCGAGUUCCUCACUCUCUUCAAAUUAGCCAUUAACGAGCUGGAAGGAGAGAGAUACCCGACCAUUCACACGGUGUUGCUCUGGUUUCUCAAACUCAAGAAACACUGCGAGCCCAAGUUUGGAGAUCCAUCAUACAUAGUCCUCCUCCGUGCUCGCGCAUCCAGCCUGCUUGAGGAGACUUUGGUCCUAACUCCCACUCACAAGGUCGCCACGUUUCUCUGUCCCAGAUUUAAAUCACUGAAAAUGCUGUCUCCUGAGGACAGACAGGAGGUGAUGAGGCAAGUGCGGGCUCUUAUAAAUGAAGAACCCAGUGUGAGCCAGAAUGCAGGCACCUCAGUAACCGAUGCAUCAUCAGCGGCAGGACAAGGUGGACAUGACAGCGGACGAGCAAAAAAGCAGAAGGUGGACUUCACAGAAUGGGAAGAUGAGAGACCCAAACUGAUGGAUGAAGUGGAGGAGUACUGCUCCACAAACUUUCUAUUUGAGGAGUCAGAGGAAAAUUUGCUUUCUUUCUGGGAGAAACAAGACCGCUCAUUCCCACGGCUGCAGCACCUUGCAAGGAGAAUCUUAUGCAUUCCUGCAACAAGUGCUGUGAGCGAACGCUCAUUGAGCGCAGCAGGGUGCAAUAGCAUUAUAGAGGCGAGGCGAAAUCGGCUGAAUCCUGGCACAGUGGAUGCUAUUUUAUAUUUGCACAGUGCGAAGAAAAAGUAUAAGUAGAUUACCAUUACGUUAUACUGUACGUUUAGGCUGGAUUGGCACCAGUUUUGGUUCUAGGCUUUAGAAGCUACAACCCUUUUCAUUAAUUUUGAACUGCCUUUGAACGUAUUAGCUCUUAAUUGUUUGUGUUGGGGAGGUUGCAGUGACAUUCAGAAUUAAAGAUGUCAACCUGUGUUCAUUGUGGAAACACCUGUUGCCAUUUUCAUUCUAAAACUUUUCUAAAAUGUUCAUUUAUUUAAAACAAGCCUACUUCAAUAUACUAUGUUACCAUUUAAUUACACUUACAUAUAUCCCACUGAGAAUUAAUGGUAAUGUGAGAUCUGGUGCACAUUAAAGUGUUACACACACUCAUACAUCAGUACAACACACAAUAAAGAAAUCACCUGGAAAGCUCA